AUAGAUGAGGUGGAAACAGAUGUGGUGGAAAUAGAAGUCAAGCUUGAUAAGCUGGUAAAGCUAUGCAGCAACAUGGUCGACGCCGGGAAAACGUACAUCAUCACCAACAAACAGUUUGUCGGUGGCGUGCGAGACCUCUCCCAGCAGUGCAAGAAGGACGAAAUGAUCUCGGAAUGCUUGGAUAAAUUUGGAGACAGUUUGCAGGAAAUGGUCAACUAUCACAUGAUCCUUUUCGACCAAGCUCAGAGGUCUGUCCGGCAACAGUUGAACAACUUUGUGAAGGAGGAUGUCCGCAAGUUUAAGGAGACCAAAAAACAGUUUGAUAAAGUCCGAGAAGACAUGGAGAUCGCCUUGGUCAAGAAUGCCCAAGCCCCGCGGCACAAGCCCCACGAAGUAGAAGAGGCCACGGGCACCUUGACCAUCACCAGGAAAUGCUUCCGGCACUUGGCCCUGGAUUACGUCUUGCAGAUCAACGUUCUCCAGGCCAAGAAGAAAUUCGAAAUUCUGGAUGCCAUGCUUUCCUUUAUGCACGCCCAAUACACCUUUUUCCAGCAAGGUUACAGCCUCCUGCACGAAUUGGAUCCUUACAUGAAGAAACUAGCCACUGAGCUGGACCAGUUGGUGAUCGACUCGGCUGUGGAGAAGAGGGAAAUGGAGCAUAAACACGCCCUUAUUCAGCAACGGGUGAGUCUGAAUCCCGAAGAUUUCUCUUACGAUGAAUCCAAGGUGGAAUUCAACGUUGAUGCUCCCAACGGAGUAGUGAUGGAAGGAUACCUCUUCAAGAGAGCAAGCAAUGCCUUCAAGACCUGGAAUCGGAGAUGGUUCUCCAUACAAAAUAGCCAGCUGGUCUACCAGAAGAAGCUAAAGGAUGUACUCACGGUGGUUGUGGAAGACCUCCGGCUUUGCACAGUCAAGCCUUGCGAGGACAUAGAACGGAGGUUUUGUUUUGAAGUGGUCUCUCCCACCAAGAGCUGCAUGUUACAAGCCGAUUCAGAGAAGCUGCGCCAAGCGUGGAUCCAGGCGGUCCAAGCCAGCAUAGCCUCCGCCUAUCGAGAGAGCCCCGAUAGCUGCUUCAUUGAAAAAUUGGACCGAACAGCUUCCCCUUCAACCAGCAGUAUAGACUCCGCCUCCGAUUCCCGGGACCGAAGUGGGAAAGGGGAAACUAUCCUGCAGAGGGUGCAGAGUAUCUCGGGCAACGACCAGUGUUGUGACUGCGGGCAAGCCGAUCCCCGGUGGGCGAGCAUCAACUUGGGCAUCUUACUAUGCAUUGAAUGUUCAGGGAUACACAGGUACCGUCCGCUGAAGGGAAUAACUGCUGCCACUUUGGAAAGGAAGUUCCGGCGAGAUUCCCUCUUCUGUCCGGACGAACUGGAUUCCCUCUUCUCGUACUUUGACACGGGAGCAGGCCCACGCAGUGGGAACCAGGCGUCAACUCAACAGCCUGUGGGAGCCAGCCCGUGGAGUGAGACCAGCAAUGGCCCUGGAGGCAGCGGUUCGCCGUUUCUCCUGGAUGGAGGUCUAAGCAGCGACAGUGGACUGGGUGGGAGCACUGAUGGCAGCAUAGACGUCUUGGUGUUUGGCUCGGUGGUUGAUAGUGUCACAGAAGAAGAGGGGGAAGCAUCAGAAGAAUCCAGCGGGGAAGUCGAAAUUGAGCAGGAGGCCUCCGAUUUGGAAGACCUGAGGGCGCUCCAUCCUGGCUUACUCGCUUACAAGGCUUCAAGGGCCAGGAACCUGCCCGUCAUGGCGGAGGCCCUGGCCCACGGUGCCAGCGUCAACUGGGUGAACGAAGAGGAUGAGAGCAAAACCCCGCUGAUCCAAGCUGUCAUGGGGGGCUCACUAAUAGCCUGUGAAUUUUUGCUCCAGAACGGGGCAGACGUUAACCAAAGAGAUAUCCGAGGGCGGGCACCUUUGCAUCAUGCCACAUAUUUGGGCCACACCGGCCAGGUCUGCUUAUUCCUAAAGAGAGGAGCCAACCAGCACGCAGCUGACGAGGACGGGCAGGACCCCCUCAGCAUCGCUGUCCAGGCCGCUAAUGCGGACAUCGUGACCUUGCUGCGUCUGGCUCGGAUGAAUGAAGAGAUGCGUGAAGCCGAGGGCCCUUUCGGACACCCAGGAGAUGCCACUUACCUUGACAUCUUCCGGGACUUUUCCCACAUGGCAUCCAACAAUCCCGAAAAACUCAACCGACGUAGCCUUCAUUUCCACCCUUCUUACCGAUAGCUUUCACCUCUGGCGUUUACUUCUGAUAACCUCAAAGCAGUAACCAAGACGAGAGGUC